AUGAUCACUAAAUACUUCUCUAAAGUUGUGAUCAAGUUUAACCCUAUGGGAAAAGACGGAAAAGUUGCAAGAGUCUUCUUGUCUUCUAUCCCUCCAUCAAUGAAAGGUUCAUGCUCGAUAGAUAGUCAAGUAUUGCUUAGCUCCUCUAAGGUUGAGCCAACCAUCAAAGUAACAUUCAAAGAUAAAAAAACAAUUGAAGCUGAUCCAAGAAAUUUGAAUGUCCAAGAACUCGGUAACUUGUUCGAUCGUCACUCCAGACAAUUGGGUUUGAAGGACUCUCUUCAAGCUUGA